CUCACAACUGAUCGUGUCCUUCCGGGGUGUUGCCUAUAAAAAAUAAAACACUGCCAAACCAAAUAACGUAUCUAGCGGUUGGGUUUUCUAGCUGAAACAUCGCACCAUUGUAUGAGGUAGAUGGUUUUUCCUUUUCUUUUCGCAUCAAGAUCCAUCAUCCACUCCCGAUGGAUGUAGCACGGAUUAACAUCAAAGAAGACUAGGUCUUUGAUCGCUUCGUAGGGGGGAAGAUGUCCAAAAUACUUGAUGCAGCGUCCAGAGUGAAAUGGGACCGGAAGACUGCAGCGAAGCGAGCUAUCUUUCUCGCGGCCGCUGCCUACGCCGUGAAAACCCUGUACCCCAUCGUCUGCAAACGGAAAGAAUGCAAGAAUACCAGGGGGUCUAAAGGAGAGGAAAAUGGCUCGACGGUUGGCGUUACAUUACAAACAGAUGCACUGAGUCAUAAAAAGUCGCCUGGGGUAAACGCUGAAUUUUUUAAGCAGAUACUUGAACUGAUCAAAAUCCUCUUUCCAAAGCUUGUCUCCAAAGAGCUCGGAUUGCUAUCUCUGCAUUCGGUCGCGUUGAUUUCCCGGACGUUUCUGUCUAUCUAUGUCGCUGGCUUGGAUGGCAAGAUUGUGAAAACAAUCGUUGAGAAAGAACCACGCAGCUUCAUCAUCCAACUGAUGAAAUGGCUCCUUAUUGCCAUCCCGGCCACAUUCGUGAACAGCGUUAUCCGCUACCUCGAGUGCAAGCUGGCCCUCGCCUUCCGCACUCGGCUAGUGGACCAUGCCUACACCACCUAUUUCACAGACCAGACCUACUACAAAGUCAGCAACAUGGACGGGAGACUGACCAACCCGGACCAGUCUCUUACCGAGGACGUAAUGAUGUUUUCCCAAUCCGUGGCGCAUCUCUACUCGAACCUCACCAAGCCCAUCUUGGAUGUGAUACUCACCUCCUACACCCUCAUCCAGACGGCCCGGUCCAGGGGGGCCAACGCCAGCGGGCCGACCCUACUGGCCGGGCUGGUGGUGUUUUGCACGGCCAAGGUUCUGAGGGCCUGCUCGCCGAAAUUCGGAAAACUAGUAGCUGAGGAGGCCCACAGGAAAGGCCAUUUGCGAUAUGUGCAUUCCAGGAUAAUUGCCAAUGCAGAAGAGAUAGCAUUCUACAGGGGUCACAAGGUAUACAAGGAAGGAUGCAUGGUGGAUUUUACAUGCAAAGUCACUAUGUAUUUAUUACAAUAGAAAUACCCAUGGGUUGGAUCCCUUGGAGUUGGAUCCAAUGCACACCCAUGACAUCAUAUCCAAUUCCCAAAAGUGAUUUUCAAUCAUUUGAUUGACAGCCUCCUUAUAUGCACUUCUUUUAGAUAAGACUGUCUGCAAGUGCAAAAUAACUAACAUACAAUGUGAAUGUAAUGUGAAAUCUAUUGUAAUACAUUUGUUGUAAAUGUGUUAUGCUGUGUAGGCUAGAUACUUUUGUGACUGUAAUGUAAACUGCCUGUUUGUGUCUGUCUGUCCUGUGUGUGUCAGGUGGAGAUGCGUCAGCUGCAGAAGUGCUACCGGGCCCUGGCGGAGCAGAUGAACUUGAUCCUGUCCAAGCGUCUGUGGUACAUCAUGAUAGAGCAGUUCCUCAUGAAGUACGUGUGGAGUAGCUGUGGACUGGUCAUGGUGGCUGUGCCCAUCAUCACCGCUACCGGCUUCGCUGACAGCGGUAACAGUCAUCACAACAUAAAUAAUAAAUAAAUAAUAUGCCAUUUAGCAGACGCUUUUAUCCAAAGCGACUUACAGUCAUGCGUGCAUACAUUUUUGUGUAUGGGUGGUCCCGGGGAUCGAACCCACUACCUUGGCGUUACAAGCGCCGUGCUCUACCAGCUGAGCUACAGAGGACCACAUCAUCUUGUUUUCUUCUAAAGCCUCUUGUUUUCAAGUACAGCAUCUCCGGAGAAGAGGGAAUAGUUGUCAUGGUUUAUCUCUGUUUGUGCAUACCAGUAGAACGCCUAUUCCGUCUUACAUUUGAACCAAUUGACAUUUGAUUCUAUUUAGGUCAUUUUGUGCUGAUCUCACAUACCCCAAAAAACAGUCCCUCUUCAUUUGCAUAUUCCACAUACAGUAGUAGAUGAUCAGCAUGUGUUAACCCACAGGAACCAACUAUCUCAAUGAUACUCUGUAGGUGUUAUUCAACUGAAUGGUGUCAAGGACUUUGUUGUGCUGAUAAGGGUAUAUUCAUCCUAUUGUCCCUAUUGUCCUGUUAGCUGCUAACUAACUGAAUGCUACUGUUGUCUCCACCAGUGGAGGCUGUUGAGGGGAGGACGGCUCAUAAUAAUGUCUGGAACGGAGCGAAUGGAAUGGCCUCAAACACAUGGAAACCAUGAUAACAUGGCAACUGUUGGGUUUUUGGCCACAAAAAAAGAGCAGUCAUUACAGUCUUACUGGUCUAAGCAUAGAAUGGCUCUGUUCCAUUUCGGUCUUUAACCCCUUUCCCUAGGCCCUUCUUUAGGCCAUACCCCCUAGGUGUUCACAGAUCAGAAAGCCAAGGGGCUAGGGGCCCAGUAUGUAAUCUCAUAGUGUCUAUCCUUAAUUUCCCCUCUCACAGAGACUGCCGACGGUCAGACUCAGGUGCUGGUGAGCGAGAGGACAGAGGCUUUCACCACCGCACGCAAUCUCCUGGCCUCUGGAGCUGACGCUAUCGAGAGGAUCAUGUCCUCCUACAAAGAGGUGAUCUCUCUCUCUCUCUCUCUCUCUCUCUCUCUCUCUCCUCUCUCUCUCUCUCUCUCUCUCUCUCUCUCUCUCUCUCUCUCUCUCUCUCUCUCUCUCUCUCUCUCUCUCUCUCUCUCUCUCUCUCUCUCUCUCUCUCUCUCUCUCUCUCUCUCAUCUUAAAUUGAAGUGGCAUUAGACUGAUAGGACAGUGUUAGAGUAAGCCAUUAGACCCACUCAUGACAAGAGGACUCUCAACCUGUCUGUCAAGGUUGCAGACCAACAUGAAGCAACAUUCAUUUUUUCACAGGGACGUUAUCCCUUAUUUUAAUCCCAAAAUGAUGAUGUCCAUUCAUGCAUUUAUGUUUUUUGCAUACAUUUAUUUUUGAGUUACCAAAAUUUGGACCAAAAGGACAUUUUAUGUCCCCCAUCACAGUGCUGAUUUGAAUGUUGUCUGUGUUGGUUGUCAUAUGCCCACUACAAUAUUUGUGAAUAUGACAGUUAUAUUUACAGUAUUACAUGGAUUUGAGAAAAGGGCUGAUGUACAAGAAAGUGCACUGUUUCACUCUGUGCGGGAGGGUAGACCUUUCAAUAAGAGGAAUUGAGUAUUGUUGGUGUCAGACUGUGUUUUUUAAAAUCUUUUGCCUUGCAAAUCAGACAACUGUCUCUGUCUUGGAUGUACAGUAUCACACUUCCUACUGAAGGUUAGACUGCAUUUAGUCAUAUACCAUACAGCGUGGAGGACACAGGUAGUGUUUUGUAUGUCACCCAACAAGCCUGUGCAUGCAGCGAUUCCACUCAAUGCACUGGGCUCAGUGAUGUGUGUUGCUGUGGCACCCUAAGAGGCAGGCAGAGUAAUAUUCACUCACUUCAGCUCACCCUGCAGCUAGCCUAUUGCAGCGUCUGAACUGGGCCACACACCCCAACAUGUUAUGUAAAGUUAUGUAAUAGUAUGGUAUGUUAUGCUGCAGGGGCACACACAUUCAGACAGGCACAGGUAGUACACAUUACGCUACUGCUGCUAUCACAGUACACUGUCUGAACACAGCCUGAGACUGUGACACACCUAGGGCUGUGGAGGUUUUGUCAGCCGGUGAUUGUCAAGCAAAUAACUGCAGGUAUCAUGGUAAUUGACCGUUAAUUAACAGAAACACAUUAUGCAUCUUCUGGCUUCCACGCAUAGCCUACAAGCCACUGAUGCAGACCUUUGGAACAUCUACAUUUUAAUAAGUCUAAGAAAUCCAUGUAAUAUAGCCUACACCAUCACAAUUUAAUCCAUUAUUUAUUUUAGACAGGUCUAAAGAAACACGAUAUGACGAAAAUGUAGUCUAUUUCAGAAGAACAGAAUAGCAUACUCUGAGUUGUCCUUAUGUUAGGCCCUGAUCUGGCUAUGCCAUAUGGCUGUGGGCUACACUAGUUCAUUUAGCAGAAAAGAUUUGCUUAGAAUUCCGUGGCAUUAUUUUAUAGUAUGAAGAAUAAAAUUGGAACAAAGCUGAAUAAAAUAGAAAGGAUAUUUUCUCCAAACAUUUGAGGGAGUGAGGACAUGCGUCUAUUCUGUGUUGAGCGGUUAACAAAGAAACAGGUACUCCUAUAUGCUUAAUUUAGAAUUAAAUGCAACUUUAGUUGUGAUACAAACGUUGGGCUAUAUGUUUUGAUUUUUAAUACAUUCUAAUGCUGCAUGAUGUGACUCUAAUGAUGAUUUGAAAAAAGUUGCAUGAAAGGCAUGAGCUCUGCUUUGUUUUUUGCGCAGGCUGCACACACUUCAUUCGUCAUUCACAAUUUGACAAGCACUUGAUAAUGCCUCAAAUUCUCAGGCUGCAUCCCCUUUUUGUGGCAGUAAUGCCACCUAAAAAAAUCCUUGCCUUUUGCUUCCCUUCUCCCGGCUGCCUGCCGAAGCACCUCUCACUCACAUGGCUGUCCGUCACGUGAUCAGGUUUCUCUCACAGGCUACAUACAAGUGAAGACAGACACAUCCGGGAUGCAACUGCGUGCGUCCUUAUACAAUUCCGAAGCGCAUAUGGAAGAUAUUGGAUGAACUGUCCACAUUUACUUUUCGUCAGCCAACAAGAUGAGUAGGCCUAACGAACAGCAAAAGCACUAGCCUAUGUCAAUCUACUAUCCCCCAUAGUACAAAAGUUGAUCUAUUCUAUUCUGUGUGAGAAAUAUAUAUUCCAAACAUAGUCUGGGACAGUUGUGGGAUGCGAUAGAUCCCAAAUUAAUACAACCACUAGCAUCAAAAAACAUGUUUUAAGCAAUGAGCCUGACGCAACAGAUGAGAACGUUUAGCUUAAAUGUUGGUAAACUAUUAGGCUAUUUCUUCACAUUAUAAGCGAAGCAAUGCGCACACGGCAGUAGACUAUAAGCGCGAAUGUUCUAUUAGCAGGAAAACACCAUUCUCUGAAGUGACCACAAAUGCAAUUAUGCAUGUCAUAAUUUAUUAUAAAGGUGCAUUUUUAUGGUGAAAAUGAUCUUCCCCAAACUUGUAUAUAGUAUGCCAGUUAGGCUCUACACACUUUGUAAAGCAGAUGAAUGUGCUUCAUUUUAAGACAUUAUUUGCCCAUUUUAGUUUUGAUACAAACCUUAUCAAAACAUAUAGGCCUAUGGCCUAGGCCUGCAUGAGGUGUGCGACUAUGAUUUGAAAAAGCCGCAAAAAAAACAAUGCACAGUUUUUUUGCCUUAAACUGGGCAUCAUUCACAAGUGAUAGGCUAAUAUUUGUCAACCAUCACACUAUUCUUGAUGUAAACUUGUCUUUACAUAUACUAAAUAAUAUGUGUGAAAUUUGUUUUGAUUUAGAAUGGACCAUUAUCAUGCACCUGUCUCGAAACAGGGGCAGCGCAAAAAAAAAAAUGUAAUCUAUGCACUUAAGUAGUGAAUGGAGGAUGCUUUUCCCGUGGUUAAUUUUCAUGUCAGCCAGGUAAGCUAUACUCCUGUUGUAAAGAGAAGCAAUGUGCUUAAUAUUAGGAAAGUUGAGAAAUAAAUAUAGUAGGCCUAGCCUAUAGAAAGCUGAUGGGAUCCUCCCUCUUUUUAAUAGAGGCCAUCACUCUGUUUUCUCACGCAAUUGCAUAGCCUAUAGAAAUGUAGUGCAACAUGAGCUCAUGCUCUCAUGAAGUGUUUGAUUAGAUUUUCGAUUACAUUUGCUUUGAUGUCAGAGUGAUUAGAGGGACAAUAGAGUGCUGAGUACCAGGCAGUUAGCAAGUUUGGUAGGCUACUAAUGACCAUCAGCAGCAUCAGAGCUUGGAGAAGCCUAAUUACCGUGACUAAAUGGUCACUGGAAUUUGACUGCAGUCAUGACUUGUGACUGCAGGUGUGGCAGUAAUAUGGUCACCAUAACAGCCCAUGACACAACCCCAUAGGUUAUGUAAUAUUAUACCACAGCAUUGUUGAAUACUCGUUUCUGAUUGGCUAGAAGGGCAUUCUAGAAUUGACAUUAAAACCAGUUGGAAAGAUACCUGGACAGUUGAAAAAGAUAUCAGGACACCUUGCAAUCAUGACGCAAUAAGCGCCUACACAUGCAGACCGUACUUGCUACAAAGUUACAGAAAGUUAAACCAACAACCACACAAACCAAAAUUGGAUACAUUUUAAACGCAGGUCCAACGAGGAAAAAGCUUAGCUAGCCAGCUAGUAUUGAUUUGUUUUUGCAGAGACAUAUUUUUUGGGAGCAUUGAUGACCUAAUGUGUUGAGUGAAGAACAUGAAUUUCUCUGGUCCCGGCUACUGUUGCAGUCCCACGUUUCUAGUUUGACCAGCUGUUUUUAGUAACUGAUAUUGUUUAAUUCUGUCAUAUUGGCAGGUUUGCUAGCAACAAACUAUUUAGCUAGCUUCUAGCCUAGUGUUUGAUAUGCAAUGCGAUCUCCUUGUAAUGAACAGGGUUGAGUGUCCUGACGAGAAUGCACACUUGUCUAACUAUGCCAGGCCAAAUCGGGCAUUAUCAGCUCAUUGUUAUGGAUGUAUCCAAAUGAAUGUCAAUAGAAAACAGCAACUUUGCUGUUAUUCUGGCUGCAGAGGUCGUGACUGUGUUAGCCGUAGCUUGCUGGCUAGCUAGCAAGCGAGGGAUAAGAACGUUGCCAGCGAGCAUGGCAAUGGUACACAAAGAACGAACGGCUGGGUCGAGUGUCUAGCAACCAAAAGAUGAGAAAGUAUUAAUUCGCUUAUAUAAAGUAAAAUAUCAACAAAAACAUUUUAUUUCUACCGGUAAAUGUGUGCUUAUAGUAUUGUUUUCUUUGGCAACUGUGGUAUAAGCGGGAUAAACAGUUUAAACAAACUCAACGGAAUAAACUUUGCUGUUAUUCUGGCUGCAGAGCUAGCGACUGUGUAUCUGUAGCUAGUUGGUUACCUAGCAGCAAGCAAAGGAUAAGAACGUUGCCACUGAGCAUGGCAACGGAACAUAAAGAACCAACGACUGGGUCUGUCCAUAAAUAUCGAACUAAUCGAACGAACGACUGGGUUGUGUCUCUAGCAACCAAAAUAUGAGAAAUGAUGAAUUAGCUUAUAAAAAUGAAAAUAUCAACGAAAAAAAAUAUGUAUACCACUGUGUGCUUUCAUAUUGUUUUCUUUGGCAACUGUGGUAUAAGCGGGAUAAGGGUUUUACCUGGAACCAAAAAGGGUUCUCCUAUGGGGACAGCCGCAGAACCCUUCUAGAACCCUUUUUUCUAAGAGUGUACAGUCGUCCCAUUAGACAGGCAAUGUUAUCUGUAGGAAGGUCUCGGGCCAUCAUCAGUACUGUGUAUUCCCUAAACACAGAUACAAACAGCUAUAAAAAACAACACCAGCCAUUGUUUAGAGUCAGAUUAAGCUAUGAGUGGAAAUUAGUUGCAUAAAUUAAAAAGAGGGCUUUUGCAUCAUUCGAUCAAAUAAUAGCCCUUCAACUUGUACUGUAAUCCUGACCAGAUUUUCAGUGCACACUGCAAUACACUACUAAACACCAGCUCUGCUGCUGACUGCUCCCAUAGUUCACUUGCAUUAAUGUAAGGGUUUUCCCAAAGACACACACACUGCUCUACUUUGCAAACAUCCACUGUUGGGCAAUGGUGGUGAACUCUGUUGGGUAAGAUGACCUAACUGACCCCUUUCAGUUCAGUCUUACUCCAGUGUUAUUUACCUCAACGAAUGACCUCUGACCUUUCUGGUUGUCUGUGAUAGGUCACAGAGCUGGCGGGCUACACAACGCGCGUCUACAACAUGUUCCUGGUGUUUGGUGAGGUGCAGAGGGGCGUGUACAAGCGUUCAUCCACAUCGACCACGGGAACAGGAGAGAAGAAGAACGUGGCCAGGCCAGAGAUGCACAUCGACGGGCCUUUGGAAAUCAAAGGUAGACUGUCUGAGAUGUUAAGCAUUUUGUACAUAUUUGCCAAGAGGUGCAUAGGAUACACAUGCACAUUCUGAGACACUCAAAUGUCAUCCUAUUCCCUAUUCAGUACACAACUAUACCAUAUUAUACUACUCUACUACAUCAGGGGGUGGUGGAAGCAUCUGGGUUAGAGAGGCGGACCGGUAGCCUGGUAACCGAAAGGUUGCCGGUUCGAAUCCCCAAGCUGCAUGCAGGGAGUAAGCCGGCAGCCGGAGGGUUACCAGCUUCAAUGAUAUUUGUGCGUCUGUAACUUUCUCACUCAUCAUAAUUCACGAUUCAUUCAGGAUAUUCCGUAAUCAUGAUAGCAACCACAUGAAUAUAGAAGUGUUCAGAAACAUAAUCUAUUCUUAUUUACAAUAAAAGUAACUCCAAAAUUACACAAUAUUCACCAUUCAUUUCUAUUGGGCACAAAAUAAUCUGAAACACAACCAAAACAAACAGCAAACGCAUCCAAGAAGUUUGUAGAGUCACAAGAUUGAUGUAGUCAUUGUGUGCUAGGAAUAUGGGACCAAAUACUUCAAUACACAGUUAAGUGAAUUUGUCCCAAUACUUUUGGUCCCCUAAAAUGGGGGGGACAAUGUACAAAAAGUGCUGUUAUUUCUGAACGGUUCACCCGAUAUGGAUGUAAAUACCCUCAAAUUAGUGCUGGCUGACGGUCACUUUAACCUCAUAGUCAUUUUAUCAUUUCAAAUCCAAAGUGCUGGAAUACAGAGCCAAAACAACAACAAAAAAGUCACUGUCCCUAUACUUUUGGAGCUCACUGUAUAUGCACAAAUGUUAAGCAAAUUCACUAUCCGAUUGCAGCUUGUUGCCUUACAAUUGUACGUUGAAUCAACUUUAUUGCUAUUUUGUUUAGCAAACUCACAAUCCUAUUGCAUCUUUUUGCCUUACAAUUACAGUAUAUGUUGAAUCAACAUAUUUUUUUACAGGUUAGAGAUAGACACAGGGUCCACCCAAAAUGGCAUUUUAUUCCCUAUAUAGUGCACUACUUUCAGUGUUUCCCCAUAUUCAUUUACCAGUGGCAGGCCGCCGCUUCUAAAUCAUUGCCGCCAAUAUAAUAUACAGUGGGGGAAAAAAGUAUUUAGUCAGCCACCAAUUGUGCAAGUUCUCCCACUUAAAAAGAUGAGAGAGGCCUGUAAUUUUCAUCAUAGGUACACGUCAACUAUGACAGACAAAAUGAGGGAAAAAAAUCCAGAAAAUCACAUUGUAGGAUUUUUAAUGAAUUUAUUUGCAAAUUAUGGUGGAAAAUAAGUAUUUGGUCAAUAACAAAAGUUUCUCAAUACUUUGUUAUAUACCCUUUGUUGGCAAUGACACAGGUCAAACGUUUUCUGUAAGUCUUCACAAGGUUUUCACACACUGUUGCUGGUAUUUUGGCCCAUUUUCUAUGGGGUUGAGACCUGGAGACUGGCUAGGUCACUCCAGGACCUUGAAAUGCUUCUUACGAAGCCACUCCUUCGUUGCCCAGGCGGUGUGUUUGGGAUCAUUGUCAUGCUGAAAGACCCAGCCACGUUUCAUCUUCAAUGCCCUUGCUGAUGGAAGGAGGUUUUCACUCAAAAUCUCACGAUACAUGGCCCCAUUCAUUCUUUCCUUUACACGGAUCAGUCGACCUGGUCCCUUUGCAGAAAAACAGCCCCAAAGCAUGAUGUUUCCACCUCCAUGCUUCACAGUAGGUAUGGUGUUCUUUGGAUGCAACUCAGCAUUCUUUGUCCUCCAAACACGGCGAGUUGAGUUUUUACCAAAAAGUUCUAUUUUGGUUUCAUCUGACCAUAUGACAUUCUCCCAAUCCUCUUCUGGAUCAUCCAAAUGCACUCUAGCAAACUUCAGACGGGCCUGGACAUGUACUGGCUUAAGCAGGGGGACACGUCUCGCACUGCAGGAUUUGAGUCCCUGGCGGCGUAGUGUGUUACUGAUGGUCGGCUUUGUUACUUGGGUCCCAGCUCUCUGCAGGUCAUUCACUAGGUCCCCCCGUGUGGUUCUGGGAUUUUUGCUCACCGUUCUUGUGAUCAUUUUGACCCCACGGGGUGAGAUCUUGCGUGGAGCCCCAGAUCGAGGGAGAUUAUCAGUGGUCUUGUAUGUCUUCCAUUUCCUAAUAAUUGCUCCCACAGUUGAUUUCUUCAAACCAAGCUGCUUACCUAUUGCAGAUUCAGUCUUCCCAGCCUGGUGCAGGUCUACAAUUUUGUUUCUGGUGUCCUUUGACAGCUCUUUGGUCUUGGCCAUAGUGGAGUUUGGAGUGUGACUGUUUGAGGUUGUGGACAGGUGUCUUUUAUACUGAUAACAAGUUCAAACAGGUGCCAUUAAUACAGGUAACGAGUGGAGGACAGAGGAGCCUCUUAAAUAAGAAGUUACAGGUCUGUGAGAGCCAGAAAUCUUGCUUGUUUGUAGGUGACCAAAUACUUAUUUUAAAAAAUUCUCAAUUUGUCUGUCAUAGUUGACGUGUACCUAUGAUGAAAAUUACAGGCCUCUCUCAUCUUUUUAAGUGGGAGAACUUGUACAAUUGGUGGCUGACUAAAUACUUUUUUCCCCCACUGUAUAUAUAUAAAACAAAUCGGGAUUGUAAAACAUUUUCAGUGUAAAGUUAAAUGAUUAAAACAGAUAAAGUAUGUAGUAAAGAUAAUGGACCUAUAUAUUCAAAAUAAAAUAUGAUAAUCUUUUAGAACUAACAGUCACCAAAAUAAAAUGAGACAGUCAGGGAGAAUCUAAAAUUCCCAGAAUUUCAUGGCAUUAUUUUGUUAGAAUGUUUGAGUCAUUCAGAUAGCAUAAGAACACGGCAUAAAUGUGUAGAAUUGCAGGAAAUUAGCUCUAAACGGCACAUUUUCUCUCAGCCCCAUGGCAAAAUGUAUAAAAUUGCACGAAAUGCGCUUUAAAUCUGAAAUGUUUUUUCUCUGCCCCAUGACAGAAUGUGUAGAAUUUUUGGAAAUUAGCUUUAAAACAGCUACAUUUUGUCUCUGCGGCAAGGAGGAAGGCCUCUAAAAUGUUCAGUCGCAUGGAGUGACAAGUUCAAACGUAUGUUUGUAGUAUUUGAUGCAUUCAUAGUCUUUUGGGGUUUAUCAGUUAGGUACAGUACAUUCGGAAAGUAUUCAGACCCAUUGACUUUUUCCACAUUUUGUUAUGUUACAGCCUUAUUCUAAAAUGGAUUAAAUAAAUGUUUUUCCUCGUCAAUCUACAAACAAUACCCCAUAAUGACAAAAUUAAACAAGUUUUUUUUUAAUGUUUGCAAAUAUAUUAAAAAUAAAAACAGAAAUACCUUAUUUACAUAAGUAUUCAGAACCUUUGCUAUGAGACUCGAAAUUGAGCUCAGGUGCAUCCUGUUUCCACUGAUCAUCCUUGAGAUGUUUCUACAACUUGAUUGGAGUCCACCUGUGCUAAAUUCAAUUGAUUGGAUAUGAUUUGGAAAGGCACACACCUGUCUAUAUAAGGUCCCACAGUUGACAGUGCAUGUCAGAGCAAAAACCAAGCCAUGAGGUCGAAGGAAUUGUCUGUAGAGCUCCAAGACAGGAUUGUGUCGAGGCACAGAGCUGGGGAAGGGUACCAAAAAAUAUCUGCAGUAUUGAAGGUCCCCAAGAACACAGUGGCCUCCAUCAAUCUUAAAUGGAAGAAGUUUGGAAUCACCAAGACUCUUCCUAGAGCUGGCCGCCCGGCCAAACAGAGCAAUCGGGAGAGAAGGGCCUUGGUCAGGUGACCAAGAACUCGAUGGUCACUCUGACAGAGCUCCAGAGUUCCUCUGUGGAGAUGGGAGAGCCUUCCAGAAAGACAACCAUCUCUGCAGCACUCCACCAAUCAGGCCUUUAUGGUAGAGUGGCCAGACGGAAGCCACUCUUCAGUAUAAGGCACAUGACAGCCCGCUUGGAGUUUGCCAAAAGGCUCUCAGACCAUGAGAAACAAGAUUCUCUGGUCUGAUGAAACCAAGAUUGAACUCUUUGGCCUGAAUGCCAAGCGUCACGUCUGGAGGAAACCUGGCACCAUCCCUACGGUGAAGCAUGGUGGUGGCAGCAUCAUGCUGUGGGGAUAUUUUUCAGCGGCAGGAACUCAAAUCAAAUCAAAUUUUAUUUGCCACAUGCGCCGAAUACAACAGGUGAAGACAUUACAUUGAAAUGCUUACUUACAAGCCCUUAACCAACUAUGCAGUUAAGAAAAAAAUAUAAAUAGCAAAUAAUGAAAGAGCAGCAGUAAAAUAAAAUAACAGUAGGGAGGUUAUAUACAGGGGGUACCGGUACAGAGUGAAUGUGCGGGGGCACCUGUUAGUCGAGGUAAUUGAGGUAAUAUGUACAUGUAGGUAGAGUUAAAGUGACUAUGCAUAAAUAAUAAACAGAGUAGCAGCAGCGUAAAAGAGGGGGGUGGGGUGGGGGGGCAAUGCAAAUAGUCCGGGUAGCCAUGAUUAGCUGUUCAGGACUCUUAUGGCUUGGGGGUAGAGGCUGUUAAGAAGCCUUUUGGACUGAGACAUGGCGCUCUGGUACCGCUUGCCGUGCGGUAGCAGAGAGAACAGUCUAUGACUAGGGUGGAGUCUUUGAUAAUAUUUGGGGCCUUCCUCUGACACCGCCUGGUAUAGAGGUCCUGGAUGGCAGGAAGCUUGGCCCCAGUGAUGUACUGGGCGUACGCACUACCCUCUGUAGUGCCUUGCCAUACCAGGCGGUGAUGCAACCAGUCAGGAUGCUCUCGAUGGUGCAGCUGUAUAACUUUUUGAGGAUCUGAGGACCCAUGCCAAAUCUUUUCAGUCUCCUGAGGGGGAAUAGGCUUUGUCGUGCCCUAUUCAACUGGGAGACUAGUCAGGAUCGAGGGAAAGAUGAACGGAGCAAAGUACAGAGAUCCUUGAUGAAAACCUGCUCCAGAUGGCUCAGGACCUCAGACUGGGGCAAAGGUUCACCUUCCAACAGGACAACGACCCUAAGCACACAGCCAAGAGAACGCUGUGUGCUUGGUGAUUCCAAACUUCUUCCAUUUAAGAAUGAUGGAGUCUCUGAAUGUCCUUGAGUGGCCCAGCCAGAGCCCGGACUUGAACCCGAUUAAACAUCUCUGGAGAGACCUGAAAAUAGCUGUGCAGCAACGCUCCCCAUCUAACCUCACAGAGCUUGAGAGGAUCUGCAGAGAAGAAUGGGAGAAAUUCCCCAAAUACAGGUGUGCCACGCUUGUAGUGUCAUACCCAAGAAGACUUGAGGCUGUAAUCGCUGCCAAAGGUGCUUCAACAAAGUACUGAGUAAAGGGUCUGAAUACUUAUGUAAAUAUGUUUUUGCUUUGUCAUUAUGCGGUAUUGUGUGUAGAUUGAUGAGGGAAAAAAACUUUUGAAUCCAUUUUAGAAUAAGGCUGUAACGUAACAAAAUGUGGAAAAAGUCAAGGGGUCUGAAUACUUUCCGAAUGCACUGUAAAUGCAGAUGGGCCAUCCCAAGCUUCAGCCUAUUUAUUUCAGGCUACAGGUUAUAAUGCUUUUAAAGGGAAAAUUUUAUUUAAAAUGGUGUCAACGUACAUUUACAUUUACAUUUUAGUCAUUUAGCAGACGCUCUUAAUCAUAUAUUCUUUCAUUUUGGAGUAGAAUGUCCUUUUCAAAGUCACCAGAAGUGACCUUGUCACAGACGUUGCCCCCCACUCUAACUUUGCCACCGCUGCUGAAAAAAAUCCUAGGGGAAACACUGACUUUUGACCAGAGACCUAUGGGCCUUUGUCAAAAGUAGUGCACUAUAAAGGGAAUAGGAUACCAUUUGGGACAGAGCCUCGGCUAAUCCUGUGCUGUGCAGUGUAUCUUUCUUGCUGUUCUUUCUGACCAUCUUGGUCUAAACAAGAUGUUUUUUGUCUUUGACUUCUGCAGGAAGAGUCAUCGAUGUGGACAAUGGCAUCGUGUGUGAGAGUGUCCCUAUCAUCACUCCCAAUGGAGACAUAGUGGUCUCCAGCCUCAACUUCAAGGUGAGAAAUAACACAGCAAAAUCCUGGGCGAUGUUCAGUAGUGAUAAAACGUUUUCAAAUGAAGUGAAAUACUUCAAAUUAAGUACUACCUGAACGUAUCCAAUAAGAGAACAGAUUUUUGUUUUCCAUUUCCAAACUGUUGUGAAAGUGUUUCCUACUGAAGAUCCUGCUCAGCAUCCUACUAAAUCAAUCGAAAUGUUACAGUACCUGUGAUGUGUUUGCUGUUACUAUGUUUUCCUAAUCCUCCAGCCAUCUUCCCCCAGGGUAGGGUGUACAUGCUUUGUCCUUUGUUGUGUUACCAGGAAAUUAGCUCACUUUGAGAUUUGAAUGUAUUUUUGAAGUGAACCCUGGCUAAGAGAAGGAAGCACACAUGUAAUUAUCACAAACGCACACUCACGCUAAAUUGCAUAGCAUAAAAUACGGACAGUAUGGCUUCCUAAUACUCUACAUAAACCAUGACAAAAAAAUAUGUAGAGACUACUUACAAUCAAGUGGUUCAUACUAGUCUCGCUUUGCCAAACUCGUGUCAUGGGUUGUUAGACACAGCAGCUGUGAUGAGACUAUUCAGUACUCCAAGGCUAUAACGUGUGUGUGAAUGAUGUUUCUUGCAGGUGGAGGAAGGUAUGCACCUGUUGAUCACAGGUCCUAACGGCUGUGGGAAGAGUUCUCUGUUCAGGAUCCUCAGUGGGCUGUGGCCUGUGUAUGGGGGACUGCUGCACAAACCCUCCCCACAACACAUGUUCUACAUACCACAAAGGUCAGUGGUUGUCACUGUCACACACACACUUAUGGCCACCCGUGUACUGACUCUGACACACAUGCACCCAUGUAUAGAUGUAGGAUCUUCAUUUGAAACUUGAAGGGUAUUCAAGGUUUAAAAAGACUUCUAAAGUUUGUAAUUUCCACUUUAAAAUAUCAGACUUGAUUUGCCCUAACGAAAGAUGUAUCAACCCCUACAAAAAAUGUCCAUUAAUUGUAAUCCACAUAAUAAUUCACAUUUCCUGUUGCUGCAGGAUUAUUUUCCUGCUGUAGCAAACUGGCUCAAAUGAAGAUCCUACAUCUGUACAUGUACCAUGCAGGCUUGCAUAGAGGCAUGCACGGAUGCAUAUUCUGCAUGCAUGCACACACACAACCACAUUCACACACUACAUACAUACAGUUAAAUGUAUUGAAAAUCAGCAGUAGGGAUCCUUACCCUCUAGACUCAGUAACUGGAUCUCCAUGGAGAGUGAGAGAGAGAAACCAGACCUUAGAGUAGUGAAAUAUUUACCAGCUCUUCCAGGUGUUUGACGGCUUUACAGUAAUGCUGGAACGUGACACACACACACAGUUUUGUAUUGCUAUCCUUGUGGGGACCAAAUAAUUGAUUCCCAUCCAAAGUCCUAUUUUCUAUAACCCUAACCCAAACCUUAACCCUAACCUUAACCAUUAACCUACCAUAACCCUAAACUUACCCUAACCCUAAAACUAUACCUAAACCCUAACCCCAACCUUAAUUCUAACCCUAAUUGUAACCCUAAACCUAACCCCUAAGCCUAAAAUAGCAUUUUUCCUUGUGGGGACCGGCGAAAUGUCCCCACUUGUCAGAAUUUUCCUUGUUUUACUAUCCUUGUGAGGACUUCUGGUACCCACAAGGAUAGUAAAAUAAACACACAGACACACACACACACACACGAGCACACACACACACACAGUUAAAUGUAUUGAAAAUCAGCUGCAGGUAACCUUACCCUCUAGACUCAGUAACUGGAUCUCCAUGGAGAGUGAGAGAGAGAAACCAGACCUUAGAGUAGUGAAAUAUUUACCAGCUCUUCCAGGUGUUUUGACGGCUUUACUGUAAUGGUGAAACCUCUCUCCUCAGGCCGUACAUGUCCAUUGGGACCCUGAGAGACCAGGUGAUCUACCCAGACUCUCUAAAAGACAUGCAUGACAGAGGCUACAGAGACAAGGACCUGGAGGUCAUACUGGACAUCGUUAACCUCAACCAGAUAGUGACUCGCGAGGGCGGUAAGAACCGGGGAAGGGGCGGUGAGGGAAAUACGAUCUGAGUCAGCUUAGAACAAAAGGGCUGCGUGAGUCUGAAGACAUAGUAACAGGGGCACUUUGAAAAGAGGUAGCUGAAGCCUGACAAAACUCCAGGUAACCUAUUUUUAAGCCAUUUACUCUUGAGAUGAAUGAUAUGGUUUCCAAGGGGAUUCCCAAACAACAAUAGACAUAUACUGAAUGGGGCCCUCUUAGUUUAGCUAAAACAUCCUUCCUUAAAAAGUUUCUAUAUCUCUUAUCAUACUAUGCGCUGUCUGUAGUGCAUUUGACCACUCAAUAAGUUAUUUCUGUAUUUUUCUAGUGGCAUCAGUCUAUCCCUCUCCAUCUCUUUGGUCUUUGGUCGGGGUGCCAGGUAGCUUAAGGCCGCUGGUUCUAAUCCCCGAGCCGACUAGGUGAAAAAUCUGUCGAUGUGCCCUUGAGCAAGGCACUUAACCCUAAUUGUUCCUGUAAGUCGCUCUGGAUAAGAGUGUCUACUAAAAUGUAAAUGUCUUAUUAAGGACAUGUAGAGUGUAGUUAAUUGGAGACCAGUGGUCCUGUUAUUCUCCAACAAUCAGCUCUAUUGUUGUGACCUCACUACUAAGCCUGGUCCCUCUAGGUUAGAGCCAUGAAUGGCUGCUCUGUCUGUAACCACUGUGUGAAUGGUUCCUAGCCAGAGGAGAGGGUCAUUCAACUAAAAUCAUCUCCAUCAUCCAGAUUUUCCACAUGUUGGGUUCCCUCCAGAAGGGUUAUUAUUUUCCCUGUUUGUUUACAAACGCAGGCUCCUGUAUCAUUGUCCUAAAUCAGGAUUAGAAAGUAUUAGGUUUUUGGUCUUUUGAGAUAAAUAUGAAACCUAGUAAUUUAAAUGGAAAAGACACAGGAUGUCUUGCAUUGGGACAAAUAAAAUGCUUGUUUUUAAGCCUUAGAGAGAGACAUCUUUUUUUAAGUAAGUCAGUCUCCUAUUGAAUAUUCUUCAACUUUGAACUCUCUCCACAGUUGUUCCCAUGGUUACGCUAACUUUAAACCCUUUGCAUUGGUCUUUGUGUAGCGUUUAACCUACUUAUUCCAAUGGAGAAUAAAACUGUAGUCAAUGACAGUACUUCAAUAUUAACUGACUGUGAUGUUUGUCUGUGUGUAGGUUGGGAUGCAGAGAUGGACUGGAAGGACGUGUUGUCUGGGGGAGAGAAACAGAGGAUGGGCAUGGCUCGCAUGUUCUACAACAGGUAAGACUUGGCCUGCCAUCUUAGGCUUUGUUUAACCCUGUAUGUACGGGUUGGAAAAACGUAACAGUAGACAUUUAAAGGUGCUGUUGAUUGAAUAUCCCAUAUUCCUCUCUUGUUUGAUAGUUGAUUGAUUGGUGGCUAGUUGAUUUAAUUCAUCGUUAAUUAGACAAUUAUAAAUUACUAAUUUCCUUUUACUUGUGUGUCAGGCCAAAGUACGGCCUGUUGGAUGAGUGCACCAGUGCUGUCAGCAUUGACGUGGAGGGAAAAAUAUUCCAGGCUGCAAAGGAUGCUGGGAUAUCCUUACUGUCAAUCACCCACAGGCCCUCCCUCUGGUAAGAGACAGAUAUCAUAUCUGGACCAGUCUGUCCACCCCAAUUCUGAUAUUUUUUGCAAAAAAACUAAAGCAAAAACAUGUAGUAGGCUAUAAGCAAAUGCACCACUAGUUGUCACGUCAGCAGUGCUCUGUUCUGUAUUUUCUCUGAGUUAGCCUCAGGCAUUAAACAUGAUUGCAGUGCAAACACAAUCAGUACUACCACAAUAUUGUGCAGGUCUGUUCCUCUCAGGAGAUUGCUGCUGCUAGUUAGUUUCUUGUUUAACCUUAGCAGUCAUUUUACAAGGCUGAGCACAGCACAAAAUAAUCACAACAUGACUGCAACCACAAUAGAACAGAACUCUUGCACCAUCACUAACACUGCAAUAAUUUUGCGUAACACAACCAUAAGGUCAAAGACAAUUGUAUACUAUUUUGAAAUAAUGUUGUGCUUGGACUGGAUAAUGAAUGAAUAAAAAAGAGAAACAUAACGCAACCAUGAAAUAAUGCCAUCCCUAACCCAUAUUCUUGCUCCACUUUUCAUACCUACAGGAAGUACCACACCCACCUGUUACAGUUUGAUGGUGAGGGAGGAUGGAGGUUCGAGCAGCUGGACACCGCUACGCGUCUCUCCCUGACCGAGGAGAAACAGCGCCUCGAGUCCUCACUUGCAGGAAUACCCAAGAUGCAACACAGACUCAACGAACUCUGCAAGAUCCUGGGAGAGGACUCAGUCCUCAAAACAGCCGACACAGCAGAGGAGUGA